CGGGCGGGGCGCCGCCCCCGGAAGCAGCGUGCGGCAGGGUGCCGUGGCCGGCGGGGCCAUGGCGGGCGGUGCUGAGCGCCUUCGAGCUCUUCUCCGYGCCGUCAACCUGUUCCUGCAGCAGCGCCGCUACCACGCCGCGCUCGCCGUCCUCAAGGGCUUCCGCAAUGGUGCCGUUUAUGGAGCCAAAAUCCGUGCCCCACACGCCCUGGUGAUGACUUUCCUGUUCAAGAGUGGAAGUUUAAGGGACAAACUGAAAUCCAUUGCCCAGGCUACGUACGCUCAUUCCCGGAACUUGGCCUAUUUCGUGUUCACCUACAAGGGGCUCCUGGCAGCGCAGUCCCAGCUGCAGGGGAAAAAAAUCCCAUUCCAUUCUUUCCUUGCAGCCUGCAUUGGGGGCUGGCUGGUGUUCGGUGACAACAAUCCCAUCAACAGCCAGAUCAUCAUGUACCUGCUGUCCCGGAUCCUGUUUGGCCUGGCUCGGCUGGCAGUGGACAAGGGCUACAUCCCCCAGCCCAAGCAGGAUCCCUUCCCUCUCGUGGCUGCCCUGGUGUGGGGGACAGUGCUGUGGCUCUUUGAGUACCACAAGGAGACCCUGCAGCCCUCCCUGCAGUCCUCCAUGACCUACCUGUACGAGGACAGCGAGGUGUGGCACGACCUGUCUGAUUUCCUCAUUUACAACAAAAGGACAGACAGCAAGUAGGUGCUUCUUGUCUAACGCCUCGGAAUGGGAUGGGACCUCCCAGCAGCUGAGGGAAAAGGCUAUUCUGUUGCUCUUGACCUUGUGAUUUUUUWAAAUUWACAUCUAUCAAGCAGAGUUGGCUCUUAUCUGCAGGCCAAAAUGUUCUGAUCAGUCUUUUGGCUCCUUUUAGAGCAAGCAGAUGCCCCACUGAAACUUGUUGCAGUCUUUUUGAAGAGGCCUUAUUUUCCCUACKAGUAUGGCUUUGGGGUUUGUUUUUAAAAACUUAAUAUUUUUUAUAAAAUGACAGCCUGACACUAAAUGGAGAGUACGAAAACGUGUUCUAGAGCUGAUCUGAAUGUUUACAAGCAGUUUUUUCUGUGCUGCUGUGCUCACUGUGGUGUGAUGCAGGGGUGAAGGGAGUGGGGGAUCUGCUGAGCUCUGAAAGCACAACCAUCAUUUCUUGUUUUGCUGGAAGUCCUGUAUAAGCUAUUACAAGGACAGUUGUGUGCUCCUUGAGAGAGUUCCUCUGGAGUUUUCCCUCAGGGAGAACAAAAUAUGUGAGAAUGAAACAGUUAAGGUUGUCUUGUGCCAGCCUGUAAAUCAGGCUUGGAAAGAUUAUUUGUGCUUGGUUUCUUUCAUGCACUUGGGCCGAAUCUGUGCCUCUGCAAAGUGCAUCAGUGAAUAUCCUGUAAUUAUUUUAAACUUAUUUGUAAAGCUCUUAAAAGCUUGAACUAAAUACCAAAAACAGUUACACAACUUGGGCUCCUCUACAGCCAGGCCUCAGAUUUUGUCCUGAGGACUUUGUGUGUCCAAGGGAGCAACGUUUAACGAGCACUUUUUAUUUUGGUGCAGCAUGAAAAGGGUUUGCCUGAGGUCCACAAUCUGCCCUGCACAGCAGUGGCACGUGUUGGCUGUAACCAGUUUUGAAUCUGAUUUUGUAGUUUGUGCAGGCUCAUUGCUGAGCCAGGCUGAGGCCAUUAAUUAAUUUAUUAAUCAUCUUCCUGUCCAAAACACACUGCUGAGCCCCAGGAUAGGGCAGCAUGCCCUGGGCUGUGGCAGGAGACUGACUAGAUAGCUGAGAAAGCACAAAAACUACUUYCAUUAAUAAAUUAUUAAAUUAAUAAAUUAAUAAAUU